AUGCUGCCGGCCUUCUCGACAGACUUGGGCGACGGUUCAAUCACCCACGUAGAACUUGCAGGCAUCAAGCAGGGACUUCGUAUUGCUUGGGACAUGGGGAUUCGGAAGCUCGCAUUUCAGACUGACUCGGUGACGACGGUCUCCCUGAUACAGGAGGAUCCUUCGAUCCACCCGCAUCGUAUGCUUUUGAAGUCUAAUCGACGGUUCCUGUCCCUAGAGUGGGAGGUCACUAUUGAACAUGUUUUUUGGGAGGGCAAUUUCGUAGGCGAUUUUCUGGCUUCCCGGGGUCACCCGCUUCCUGUUGGGUUACAUAUGAUUGACAUUCCUGACCCGAGUUUGGGUUACUGGUUGUAUUACGACACUAUUGGGGUUCAGACCCCUCGAUUGGUCAUUAAUUAA